AGCCCACGCCUUCAACAACAACAACAACAACGACGACAAUAAUAAGGCCCAGGACAUUGACUCGAGAACAAGCCAGAGAGAAAGCAGAGAUCCUCCGCUUGCGCCUCGGCCUCGCAGGCUACAAGCUCCGAACGGGCCAAACCUCAGUCCCCCUCUCUCAACUCCAGCGCAAGCCUCUUCCUCCGCCAUCGACGAUGAACACUAUGCGCAGACGAGCAAACACAUGUACAUCUGCGGAGAGCACGAGUGCGCAUGCUAGAAUUCGGAGUGUAGGCUCGAUUACACCGGGAGUUCCGAGUCUAUCGCAGGAGUCGUCGUCGUCGUCGUCGACAGCGUCGGAUGUUGUCGUGAGUGUUGCUGUUGCUUCGUCGCAGGACAGUGUCAUUGCGGAGACGAGGGGGAACACGCCUGCGCGGGAUGGUGAUGCUGGGGGGGAGAGGGAUAAGGGGGGCCUGUUGCUUGGGAGGGGGGAUGUGGUGGAUUCGCCUUCGAGGAUGUUUCAUUCGAGUCCGGUGCCGGCUCCGGUGUCGUCGUUGAGGAGUACCUGUGCGUAGGUAGGGGAUGGGAAGAUGGAGGAGUGCGGUGGCUUAGCAAUGUAUUUUUUUAUUUUUUUCUCUUGUGUGGUAUUUGGGAGGAAACAUUCGUCUUUGGGGGCUUUGGAGUUGGGUUCACGACUUGAGUGCUUUCUUUGAUGGAUGGGGUGUACCGCUAUAGAGAGACAUGGAGCAAGUGGUAAACAGAACUUGUCUAGAGAGCGUUGUUGGCAUGCUACUAUAGAUUCAAGAUUUC